AUGGCGGGUCUAUCUGUUCAAAAGUUCACCCUCGUGUUCUUCGCACCCUCUUCAGCCGUGGCAGGCUGCAAAAAGGCCAUUUUCGCAGCCGGCGCUGGGAGAUACCCUGGGCCAGGGAACUACACCGAAUGCUGCUGGACUGCGCGAGGCAUGGGACAGUUCCGACCGGGCGAUGCAGCCAAUCCCAACAUCGGUAAAGUCGGUCAGCUGGAGGAGGUAGAAGAGGUUCGGGUCGAGACCCUCUGCGUCGGAGAGGAUAUCGCUAGGAAGGCAGUGGAGGCUUUGAAAAGCGCCCAUCCUUAUGAAGAGCCGUCGUAUAGCGUCUACCGGAUGGAGGACUUUUGA